AUGGCGCCCCUCGGCACCGCCGGGGCUGCCUCGGCCGCCGCCACCGACGAGGCUCUACUUUGUGGCGUAAUUGCUUUGCAUCCAGAAGACCCGCUUACAUUUUUAGGGGAAAAGCUCAGAGAAAUAAUGGAAAAGGGAAUAGAUUCUAGGAUGGAAGAGUUAUGUGCCAAAGCAUUGAACUUUUACAGCAGAAACUUAAUGAAGCAGUAUUUUGGAGGAUGGAUAAAAUGCAAUCUGCUGAGAAAGAACAAGAAAAAGGCAGAGCAGAAGAUGGUUCUAGCAAUAGUUCUUAACGUCCAAAUCUUAAUAAUUGUACAGAAGUGGAGCAUGUCGGUUCAGAUUCACAAGGAAAAAAUGACAUUAAGUCUAUAUAUCUGUUCUGCACCUUUCAAAAGAUUAUUUAUUUUUUUUUUAGGUGAAUGUAAGAAUUUGCAAGACUUAAAUCUCUCUGAAUGCCGGGGACUAAGUAACACAAUUGUGAGCUUUCCCAAUCUGCACUAUCUGAAUUUAGCUCCCUGCAGAAAAUUCACAGACAAAGGUUUACAGUACCUGGGCUCCGGAACAGGAUGUCACAAGCUCAUCUGUUUGGACCUUUCAGGUUGCAUUCAGGUUUGUACUUCACAUCUUUCUUUCAUUCUACAUGAGGCCUGCACGAAUGCUUCAGGCCUCAGAACACAUAAAAAGCAAGCCAAUCUGGCUGCUCUGGUUUAAAAAUGUCGACAGAUAAGGUCUGUUGUGUUUCUUGACUUUUCACAUGUUUUUGAUCCAACUUUUAAAGCCCUUGUAAAUAUAAACUCAUUAAAGACAGGAUUGAAGGGAAAUGACCAAAUUACUGAUUUGAGUUUCAAGCUGAUAAGUACACGCUGUGCAUACAUCAGGCUUAUUCAUAUUGCUUGUUGCCAGAUGACAGAUGUUGGUCUUAAGAUGAUUUCACAACUGAAGUAUAUUUAUGUCCUGAAUGUAGCAGACUGCUUAUGGUACCAUAUCACACCAAUUUUUCUAUGUCAUCAACUGGCCUAUCUUAAUCUACAUCACUGUGAAAAUGUUACUGAUGCUGGAAUUGAAGCUUUGGGAAAUAUGUCUUAGCUGACGUCCAUUGAUACCUCUGCAGCCAACAUCUCAGAUAUGGGUUUGAGAGCCCUUGGCUGACAUGGGAAAAAAUUAACUUUAUCAGAAUGCAAAAAUGUCAGUGAUACUGGGAUUCAGGAGUUCUGCAAGGACACAAAACACCCAGAAUAUUGUCAUAUCUGCAAUUGCCCUCAGCUGACAGAAAAAACUGUGAAAGCUUUGGCAUUUCAUUCUCACAGACCAACAUCUGUCAGCACAGCUGGUUGUCCAAAGAUGACUGAUUCUUGUAUCCAAUACUUGGCCACAGCCUGCCUUUAUCUCCGCUUCUCGGAUGUCUCAGGUUGCAUUAAUCUUACAGACAAAGCACUGAAAUGUCUUUGGAAAGGGUAUAAGCAACUCCAGAUUCUCAAGAUGCUGUACUGUAGAAAUAUUACCAAGCAAGCUGCCUUGAAAUAUACAGCCAAAUUGGAGAAACAAGAAUAUAACAAUGCUGAUCCUCCUGCCUGGCUUGGGUAUGGAAGGGAUGGUAACAUUCACCAAAAAACGCGUCAGAGCCUGACUAAACAAACUCUUCAAAAUGAAAAAUGAAGAAAUCGUGCAACACCUACAGCACAAGGCUGGUGUUGCUGUUGGGUUUUUAUUUAUUUAUUUUCCACAAGAGCAUGAAAAGAACACAGUAUUUUUCUUAAAAUUAAUCAUUCUUUAAUAAAAGACUGUUUAUUGAAUUAGUAAGCAUGCAUUGUGAACCUUUCUCGCAGGAGCACGUAUGCCUUCAAGCAAGAUAGCUGCACUGAAACGACGUUACUAACUUUCAGAUGUCGGUUCAAUCUGUCUUCAUCUUCAAUAUGGAGAAGUUUUUGUAAUCUCACGCAGAGUAAGCAAUAAAUAAAUUUGCAUGUGCUUGGGGUUCUCAUUUGCCAGGAAGGUCUUCUCCAGAACAUAAACACUCAGACUUCCCACAGAAUUUCACACUCAUCAAGUGGUGUUCUUGAACAAUGAAGCACAGUGAUUGCCUAUUUGUUAAUAUACAACUAUACGUGCACAUUUAAGCACAGUUUUAAGCACAGUUCUACUUUUCAACAGUCACUUGCGCACCCAGAGCACUAAUUCUUACAAAGGGCUCUCAGGCUGCAAGUUCACCUCUCUAAGCCAGCUGAUGGUUACAUUUUCAGAUCUGAACUGCAGGCUAGCUGGCAGCUGACAAAGCCAGGAGCUUCAAAGGAAAAGGAGUACAAAUGAGAAAAGUGUUACAGACUAAUUUUUCUCCAGCUGCAAGAACAUGUUUCCCCCCUAAAUGGGCCAUGAGCAUACAUGGCAUAUGCUCUUCAAUUCAUGAUUACUGAUAACCCACUAAUCUUUCCUUGUCUAGAAAUAUAGUUUCACCUCAUUACAGCAAAAGAAAGCAUUACUCAAAUGUCUUUAGUAGAAAC